UAUGUCACUGUGUGUGCUGUGUGCUCUGCAUAUAUGACCAUUAAAGAGGGGUUUCAUCCCUCUGAUACUAUCUAUGAUGUAAUGUUUUGACCUUUAAGGCAACCUAACAGCCAUGUCAUUAUGGUAACGGGACUUUCUUGUCUUACAGUACAGAGAGUACACAAUCCAAAAGGUUCCAGGGACACAUUACCCUUUUGUCUUCAAUGACAUAAUGGGCCUCGAGAAGGAUGAAGGAGUUUGUGUGGAAGACAUCAAACUGGCCAUGAAGGGACACGUGAAGAAUGGUUACAAUUUCAAUCCUCGGUCUUCCUUGUCUGAGAAUGAUCAACACUACAACAGAGACCCCUCUCUAAAUGACAGAGUUCAUGUUCUAGUUUGUAUCAACCCUGGCAGCAUAGCAGGAAUGCAGGAUGAUUCUGUGAGAAAGUUGAGGGAAGUCAGACUUGCAGCCAGGGACAUGGACAUUCCUGAAAUUGCUAUUCUCACCAAAAUUGAUGAAGCCUGUCCAGAGGUCGGCAGGGAUAUAAGGAACGUGUAUAAGAGCAAGCACCUGAAGAAAAAGAUUGAGGAGGCGAGUGGCGAGCUGGGUUUCCCUCCAAGCUGCAUCUUUCCUGUGAAGAACUACCACUCAGAGCACGAGACAAGUGAUGACACUGAUACACUGAUACUGAGCGCACUGAGACGGAUGAUUGAAUGUGGAGAAGACUUUGUCAACGACCUGUAAAACUACAUUCUGCUGAGGCACUGCUGAGACACUAUGUAAAAAGGGCCUGGGAACAAUAAUGAUGAUUACAUAAAAUGGGCAAUCUAGCUUUUAUGUUUUCAUUUGCAGCCUAUAAAUGAUGGUAUCUAAUGAGUAAAGUUCUUUAUAUUUACAGUCUAUGGUAAGGACAGACAACAUGGAAAGGCCCUGACCCGAUGUGGUGCUAUUUCCUGGGUUGGAGGACAGGAUGUUGCU